AUGUUUAAUCUCGUUUCGAAAUCAAGAGCAUUCUCCACCUUUAGAGCCGUUCAAGCUCCCAAACAAUUCGUGGUGAUCCUUCGAGACUAUACAGAUCCCGGAGCCCUUCAACGUCGCUUAGACACCCGUGACAGACAUUUAAAAGAUGCUCUCGAGGCUCAAGACAAGAGCAUUUUAAACCUAGGUGGUGCUAUCUUGGAUAAUCACGAUUCACGUAAAAUGAAAGGCAGUGUUCUAGUGAUUUCUGCAGAUUCAAAGGAGGACAUUGAAAAGAUGAUUUUAAACGAUCCUUACUAUGACGCCAAAGUGUGGGAGAAAUGGGAGAUUUUGCCUGUCAACCUUGCUAUUGGAAAGAUCACAAAAUAG